CCUCUUCGCAGCUGACGAGGAAGUAGUUAUCUAAAAACGACACAUCUCUCCGGAGGUUUCCAGCGAUCGGCACAAGUGGCAAGCCCUGAUCGGAAACAUCAUCUUUCAUUCCAGAGGACAAAAGAUUUCCAGCAUCUGCACUUUGAUUUUGACGUACAGGAGGGAUGUAUGAAUGACAUAAAUCCAGCGUAAAGACAAUUGUGACGAUGCUAUCAGUCAGGCUUGUAUUACACUGCCUGUUGCUUAUUAUUUUCUGUCAACAUGUUGAAGUUGAAGUUGAUCAACUACAUAGUUCAGAUUCUCCUCUUCCAGUUGAAGAUAGUAUAUUAACAGAAGCCAGAAAAAGCCAAAUUGAACUCAACAGGCAAAAAAGAAAUGUCAAUCAACAACCCCCAUAUGAUGUCGACAUUGAAUUAAGCAUAUCUGAAAAUGAAUUUUCAAUUGACACACUGAAAAUUAUCCUGGAUAAUCUAACCUAUCCAUUUUCAGUAUACAUUGAAAAUGGUAGCAGCAUCAAUAUUACCAGGAUCACUCCUACAACGGUCUGCCAGUUGGUGAACAAUGAAAUUCAAUGUACAUGCUUCAGUGAAUUUACUUGGAAUGCAACAUUUUGUAGAACAUACCAUUCUUGCAGUGCAAAUACUACAGCAGACCAGACCUGUACAUGCAUCAGAGCCUACCCAGUAGAAAGGCAAUUCUGUGAUCCCACAGUAACAACACCCACACAAAGUACAUCAACGUCAACAAGUACGUCAUCGUCAACAAGUACGUCAACGUCAACAAGUACGUCAAUGUCAACAAGUACGUCAUCAUCAACAAGUACGUCAACGUCAACAAGUACGUCAUCAUCAACAAGUACGUCAACGUCAACAAGUACGUUAUCAUCAACAAGUACGUCAGGAACAACUACAUCAAAAUCAACUACAUCACCACCAGGUCAAGAAAAUAGAACAUUUGCGGUGACUAUUGAAAAUCUGAUCUUCAGUAAUGAACUGAAAAAUCCUUCCUCGGCCGUGUAUGAAAAUCGUUCAAAAGAAUUCACUACAUUGCUUAAUGAAGCGUACAGAAGGGUGGUUCCGAAUGCUUCAGUAAAAGUUUUGGGAUUCGCAAAUGGGAGCAUCAUUGUGCUUCAUCAAGUAUUCUCCAGCUCGCCUCUGACCGAUGAGGAAGUUGCCUCCAGCAGGACAGCAGUGAACAAUACCCUUUCUGGAGUAAACUACAUAUCAAAGUUUAUACCAGAUGAUGAAAUUCCAUGCACCGACAGCGUAUUUGGAACGACAAAAUUUAAUUUCACUGCAAAAAUCCCCUGUAUGGAAAUGGAAGGUGAUAGGAGAAGAAGAUGUGGAAAGAAUGGGAAAUAUAAUGAUGAACAUAAUUUCUGUGUAUUACCUGCAAUUCGUGAUCUUCUUCAGGUGACAAAUUCUACUGCUGAAGUGGCAAAGAAUUUUUCCAAUCUUCUUCAUGAGUUAUCUACGGUCUCAAUAAAGCAAAACAUCACCAAUCCUGGAAAUGUAGAAGCUGUUGUAACCAUCCUGACGACAUUUUCAGAAGUAAACAAUACUGUUACUGAAAUAGAUAUGGAGAACUUCUUGCAAACUGUAAACUCCGUGAUUUCUAAUGAAUCAAUAGCAACCUGGGAAGUUCUCUCCAGCACAACAGCUGAAACAAGUAUCAGUUCUCAAUUAUUACAGUCAGUGGAGACAUUUAGUAGUCGUCUCAACCUGACGAAUGGCACUUUAGAUAUCGAUAAAGACAAUCUUCAGCUCAGAGCUACUAAAAUUGACAGCCGUGAAGCAAAAAGUCCCAUUAAUGUAACCUUUAAGAAUUUUGCCACUGAAAGAUACGUCAAUUUAUCUACUAAUAUAAUCAUACCCACUGAUGAACUUGAAGAGUUGGUAGACAAUGUAGUUGUCACAAUUGCAUAUCCAACAUGGAUUGAUAUUUUACCUAGCAAAGCAAACUUCGAAGGAAAUUUCUCAAUUAAUGGUCUUGUUGUGACAAUAACAUUAAGUGAUAAGAGACCAAUUAACAUUAAGAUGAACUUCUCUACAAGAAACCCUACACUUGAUUUUAACUCUGCCCAAUGUGCAUUUUGGGAUUUUACUGGUAAUGGUAUAUGGAAUAAUGCAGGCUGUACGCCAGAUCUUGAUGGAGAAAAUGUCAUUUGUAAUUGUAAGCAUAUAACAUCCUUUUCCAUUUUAAUGUCUGCUAAGACAGCGAAAAGCCCUAUUUUGCGUUCUAUAACCCAAAUUGGAGUUGCCGUUUCUCUAGCAAGCUUAAUAAUAACCAUAAUUAUAGAAGCAGUGGUAUGGAGGCACGUGACCAAGAGUGAAGCAUCACAUAUUCGCCAUGUGGCAAUUCUGAACAUUGCUAUCAACUUGCUGAUAGCAGAUGUAUGGUUUAUUGUGGCAGCCUCUGUAAAACAAAAUACAGGAGCUUGUGUGGCUGCAACCUUUUUCAUUCAUGUUUUCUACCUCGCUUUGUUCUUUUGGAUGUUCACCCUAGGUCUUCUACUUGUGUACCACCUGGUUUUCUUAUUCCAUGAUUUCAGCAAAUCUGUUUUGAUGGGAAUCUCAUUUGGCAUCGGCUAUCUGUGUCCAAUAAUAAUUUCAGUCAUUACAAUUGGAGUUACCUAUCCACAGAACAGUUACAUAAGAAAAGAUGCCUGUUGGCUCAGUUGGAGGGAAAAAUAUCCGAUACUUGCUUUCAUUAUACCGGCUUUGUCUAUCAUCGCAAGCAACUUUAUUGUUCUAGUCGUGGUCAUAUUCAAGCUCCUACGGCCAACAAUUGGAGACAGGCCCAGGAGACAUAACGAGGAGAAGGAUACAAUAAAACCAAUUGUGAGGAGCAUUGCAGUUCUAACACCAAUCCUUGGACUUACGUGGGCAUUUGGAAUACCAACCUUUCAAGAGAACUCUCAUGAUGCUUUCGAUUAUAUAUUUACAAUUCUCAAUGCUUUUCAGGGUUUCUUUAUUUUGGUCUUUGGAACAUGCAUGGAUAAAAAGGUGCGAGAGGCUCUAUUGAAGAAGUUCUCAUUGACAGGAUUUUCUUCCCGAUCAAGGACUGUACAGAGUACUUCCACAGGAAGAUUUACCUCGAAGCAUGGAAUUGCACUUCCUGGGAGAAGUAAGAAGCUCGAUAUUUCAGGUCGCUCAUAUUCAGAUAGCAAGGAGAAAUACCUGAGCUAUUCUACUCUGAGUUAACUGUUGGAGCUCGGAAGAUAAAACUGACUCUUCAGAUGCAGAAGAAAAUUCAUUACCAUCUUAACAAAACCCAUUUCAGCAGUGAAUUAAGAAGAAAUGUUGAUUUAUGAAAGAAGUUUCAAAACUGUAGGGAAUGUUUGGCAUGUAAUUAAUAUUAUCCAAAGGAUAAGCAAUUUUUUCUUUGUAUUCUGGGGCAAUAAUUGAUAUCAAUGAAGAAUAAGCACAUUGUGGAUAGUAAAAAUAAUUAACUAUUGUAUUGUAUUUUGCCAUUAAUUAAAUAAUUCACUCGCAUAGAUUUUUCAAACUGGAUAAUUUAGUUAUGUAGACAAUAUUCAGAUUUCAUUUUUAGAUAAAACACACAACAUGCUGAAGGAACUCAGCAGGUUAGGCAGCAUCCAUGGAAAUGAACAAACAGUUGAUGUUUCAGACCAUGACCAUUCUUCAGAACUUCUGCUUUGGAUUUCAAGCAUUUGCAGAGUUUCUUUUGUUUAUUUUUUUCCAUUUUAGAUUUAUUUUGUGUGAUUACAGCCCACUCUACCUACCUCUUCCCAACAGUCAGUGCAAUCUCAGGUAUAUUCUUUAUCUCCUAUCUGCUGAAUUUCUCACGGCUUCUUGGGUUUUGUAAUUUUCCAAAAGUGUUGGCGCAUGGCCAAGUGGUUAAGGCGUCGGUCUAGUGAUCUGAAGGUCGCUAGUUCGAGCCUCAGCUGAGGCAGCAUGUUAUGUCCUUGAGCAAGGCACUUAACCUCACAUUGCUCUGCGAUGACACCGGUGCCAAGCUGUAUGGGUCAUAGUGCCCUUCCCUUGGACAACAUCAGUGGCGUGGAGAGGGGAGUCAUACAGCAUGGGCAACUGCCGGUCUUCCAUACAACCUUGCCUGGGCCUCAGUCAACAUUGAAAUUGAUGGACAGCCGAAGAAGACUUUUCCAAAAGCAUAGGAUUACUCUGAGCUUCUAAAAUUUGCUUUGUUUCUCAUUGGAAGUGCGUAGAACUUUGCAGAGACAUUUUUCAGGCCCAAAGGACAUUGUUGCCUUCCUUUACUAACCUUCUUAUUGAAUACACCACAGAUCAGCAUGAAGGUAUCAUUUAGGUUUACAGAAGAUAAUAGUAUGCCAUGGGUAAGGGAAACAAAAUAAAAAUAUGGGUAGGAAAGGGGAUAUAAACGUGCCAUAGUAUCCACUUUUGAUUGCUGUUCCCUGAACCCUGCUAUAACGUAUACUUGUUUGGAAGCUGGGUAAUGACAGGAGCAGGCUUUGGUGUGAUUGAGUUGGCUGUUGUCAUUUACUGAUCAAGUUCACACAUCCAUUCAUCCUCAGUAAUAUGACUGUAUCUGGUUUGUCUGGGUUUAGUACUACUAUGUCGAUUCAGGCAUAGGGGGCCGGCGUUGGGCAUGAUGACGACAUCUCCACUCCUCCCUCUCCCCCUUCAGUGUGUUCAGUUCAUCUACAUAGCUGCGCCGCUGUCUUCUAGGAGCGUGUUGACCAUAGUCUUGGGAGGGUGCCCAGGGUUCAUCCUCCCGUGCUUGGGCUCCCAUAUGAUGACUAUGCUGGCAGGUAGCUCGGGAUGGCGUAGACAGUGCCCCGGUAGUUGCAGUCUUCUCGCCUCAAUUUUAGUGGAGAGCAUCGGUUGGUUGUUAUAGAGCUCAACAUUCAUCAUGUGCUGUUGCCAACUCACAUCAAGAGCCAUCCGGAGCACUCGUGUAUAGCAACCAUCUAGAGACUUUCGCAUAGUCUUGGUGAGUGUCCACAUCUCACAUCCAUACGUGAGAAUAGACUCUAUGGCUGCUAUGAAAAUCCUCUCUUUAAGCCCUCUGGUCAGGUUCGACUUCCAGAUUUCCUUCAUGUCGUUCAUAGCCCUCCACAUCAGCGCCUUCCAUAUCUUUAUGUCCUUCUCCGAACUCAUCAUUCUUGACCCGAGGUACUUGUAGUCAAAGACUUUCUUAAUGGUAUCAUUCUCUACGGUCUUGAGUAAAAAAUUAAAGGGUCCUUUCCAUGUUUUUUCAAACUGGAUUGAUUACUUCCCAACUUCUAUCAACAUUACCAUUUAAAUUCAUCAAUAUAAGUCAGCCAUGUAUUCAUCUCACUUUACUAUUUUUUCUAUUCAUACGGACAAUUUAAUGCUUCUUGUGAAGCUAGGAGGAAAGCAAUGGUUCUGAAAGAAGGGUAAAUGAGCCACACAGCCUUGUCUAGAGCAUUUCUGUUGGCUUAGCAUAUUUCACAUCAAGAAAAUAAUUCAUUAAAUCAACUCAUUAGGUGGAAUCAAAACAUUUCAAGUGCCCUCCAACUAUCAACUGCAAUAGUAUGAUAGGUUUUAGUACGAAUUACUCCUACCACAGUACAAUUGUUGCUUUGUUUUGUUUGCUCUACAUCAUUACUGCUCACUGUGCUAUCCUGUUUCUGGGCUUUCACAUGUCUUACACUGUGGUACAUGCUACAAAUCUGUACAUUCUACAAACUGGAGAUGUCCUGGAACGGAAAUCCUCAUCCUGGGAGCAGAUGCGGCGGAGACGGAGGAACUGGGAAUAGGGAAUGGCAUUUUUGCAUGUGGUGGGGUGGGAAGAGGUAUAGUCGAUGUACAUUCUACAAAUCUGUGUGUUCAUUCCACAGCAAGCUUCAAUUGAAUGGCAGAUCGCUCACUGUUGAGAGGUAGUAGGAUGCUCCAUUGAAUAUGAAUUUCCUAACUUUCUGGCUGUUAAUUUGAAAUUAUAAAAUAUUGCUCAUAUUAUUGAAUAUUGAUAGAUCUAGAUAGAAUGGACAUGGAGAGAAUGUUUCCUUUCGUGGGGGAUUUUCGGACCAGAGGGCACAGCCUCAGAAUACAAGGAUGUCCAAUUAGAAUACAGAUGAGGAAGAAUUCCUUUAGUCAGAGGGUGGUGAAUCUGUAAAAUUCAUUGCCACAGAUGGUGGUGAAGGCCAAGUCACUGUGUAUAUUCAAAGCGAAGGUUGAUAAGAUUCUUGAUUAGUUAGGGUAUCAGAGGUUAUGGGGAGAAGGCAGGAAAUGAGGUUGAGGGGGAUAAUAAAUCAGUCAUGAUAGAAUGGCGGAGAAGACUUGAUAGGCUGAAUGGCCUAAUUCUGCUCUGAUGUCUUAUAGCCUUACAUGCUAUUUGGAUCAAUGGAUAGUGAAUCAAUAACAUUGAGUUGUAUUCUGUUGAGCCUUUCUAUUACAUGACAUUUCAUGAUGCAUUUUGCUUUCCCUUUGGAAAAAUUCCUGGAUAAAUUUUAGUUUAGUGCUUUUGUUUCAGUGCAUGAUAUAAAGGAGAACAUCCUGGGAACCAAAGAUAAGGAGAAAUUUCUUUAUCCAGAGAGUGAUGAAUCUGUGGAAUUCAUUGCUGCAGAUGGCUGUGGAGGGCAAGUCGUUGGGUACAUUUAAAGCAGAAGUUGAUAGGUUCUUGAUUAGUAAGGGCAUCAAAGGUUACAGGGAGAAGAAGGGCAAUGGGGGUAAGAGGGAAAAUAAAUAUGGCAAGACUAAAUGGCAGAGCAGACUCGACGGGCCAAACCACCCAAUUCUGCUCCUAUGUCUUAUGGUCUUAUACUUGCAGCUUGAUCAGUUGUGGGUGCUGGUAAUAGGCAAUUAUGGAUCCAAAUUAGUGGUUAUGCAUGUAUGAAUAGAUUUCAGUUCUGCUUUUAUCUUGUACUGUACUUCACUGCAAUACAAUUACUUAUUAAUUUGAAUUUUCUGAACAAUCUCAUUCACCUGCUGAAGACUAUAAGACAUAGGAGCAGGAUCAGGUAACUCAGUCCAUUGACUCUGUUCCAAUAAGUCAUCCAAAAGUAGAGCUUACAUAUUUGGUAUGGAUGAACGGCACUAAUGGAAGAUGCCAAAUUAAUAAUUAUGGUAUGGCUGUGUUGGCCCAUUGAAUUCUGAUAACUGAAGCCAUAGAAGAAAGAAAUUUAAAUUUUAUUAAUAGCUGAUUUAUAUAAAUUUAAUAAUAUGAUUAUGUUUAAAUACUGACUGAGGGGUGAUCUGAUAGAAGUAGAAACAGAUAGGGUAGUCAGAAAUAGUGUCGAAAUGCCAAACACCAGAGGAUAUAAUUUUAAGGUUAGUUGUUUGGGGGGCGGGGAGUGAAUUUAAAGUCGACAUGAGAGGCAAGUUUUUUUUUAUGCAUAGAAUUGGUUACUGGGGUAGUAGUGGAAACUGGCAGUUUGCUGGAUUUAAAUAGACACAUGAAUAUGAAUGGACUGUAGGAAUAUGAAGUAGGUACAGGAGGAGGACAUUUAGUACAAAUUGGUAUCAAGAUCUGCACGUCAUUCUAUGUUCAAUGUAUUAUAGCAAUUUUAAACUGUUAGAGAUAAUUAACAACGUUCAAAAUACUCCUGUGAAAAGCAUUUUUGUGGCAGAUGGAAGCAUGUUGCUGCUUUCAUACUUCAAAUUCAAUUUAAUAAUAUCUUAAGUAUUGAAACGUAUGCUUGUUUAAAAAUAAUUUUUCAUGUUAGCGGACGUUUUUAACAACAAAGAGUUAUGAAUGGAAAAAACUUUUGUAAAAUGUCAUCGUAGUGGAUACCUGUCAAUGUACUCUGUUCCUCUUCAUGCCUUACUAUUCUACUUUAUGAUACUUGUGAAUACAGAAAACAAUUGUAAUGGAUGUGAUGUAACUUGUUAAAUAAGUGAUAUACUAUCAAUAAAAAAAAUCAAUGUA